AUGAGCAGGAACUGUGAAGGUAAGAGGAGUUUAGAUGCCAGAUUCUUGAACUGGGGGGGGGGGGGACCACAUUCAUUGGGAAUGGAAAACCAGGAGGGGGUUGUGUGUCACAGGAUUGUGCCUUGACUUCAAGGGGAACGCUGGGGAGAUGGGUUUUGCUGCCACCCUAGCAGUUUGAAAGCACGAAGUGCAAGUAGAUAAAUAGGUACCGCUCCGGCGGGAAGGUAAACGGCGUUUCCGUGCGCUGCUCUGGUUCACCAGAAGCGACUUAGUCAUGCUGGCCACAUGAACUGGAAGCUGUACGCCAGCUCCCUAGGCCAAUAAAGUGAGAUGAGCACUGCAACUCCAGAGUUGUCCGCGACUGGACCUAAUGGUCAGGGGUCCCUUUACCUUUAUCUUAUGUCUUUGCCUUGUACAUUUAUGAACAUAUAUUCUAUAUCUGAAACCUGAGAAUUCUUAUAACAAAGGCACAGGGUCUUGAGAAGUGGCUGUCUGGACAAGGAGGGCUUUAGAGAACUCAGCAUAAAGAGCAAUGAGGCAACUGUGAGUUUGGAUCCCAGCAGCAAAAGGGGGAAACUGGCAAAUCUGAGCCCACGUCUCUCCCAGGAAAGCAAGUGAAGAACAUGAAGCAGCAUGAAUAAUUGAAGACUACUAUAGAUCCAAAAUCCACAAAGUCCCAAUUUUGAAUUUGUUUUGUGAUAAGAAUUUUAAAGUCUUAUAUAUAUAUAAUAAAUGUUCAUAAAUGUACCAACUAAGCACGUACAUAAAUCAGCACAGGAAGACCGACCUGAAACCAUUUUUGAUUCCCAAACUGACCCAAUGUUUUCUCUGUAAGGUCAAAGGGAAAUGGAAAAGCCUCCCCAUUGUCUUUUCCUUCACAAAUCCUGUCUUAAGGGUAUGUCUGUCUGUGUUUGAAUAGGGUGAGCCUGUGACCUGGCUCAGGAACUAUUUAUCAUUACAAAAGACUGGCCAAGCUCCCCAGGGUAUCCAGUCAAGUGAGCAUUAACAGGUAACCUUUCAGACGAGAUAAACAACGCACUCAGAUUUCUGCUGUAGACCGCGUUUUCUGUGAUGUAGGUAUGAUGUAUCGGGGGGGGUCUUGGGUUACACCCCUACUGUGAUGUAUGUAUGAUGUAUGGAGGAGUGGUCUGGAGCUCCAGGGCAGGGAAUUUAAAAUUUCUAUAUAAGGGCAGGCACACCUUUGUUCUGGGUUCCUCCUCCUUUCCUUUGUGUGAGGGGAGCACCCUGUUGCAACAGAUCAAUAAAGAUCAAGCUUACUAGCUGCUUUGCUUCUCAAUAUUCUCUGGCUGGCCUCUGUUAUUUUCUCCUACCAAGAGGGAACCUACGUAAGGACUCUAUAUGGGCUCUUGGUUACCCAAUAAGGGGGAAAAGGGCAGAUUUUUGUUUACAACACUUUCUUCUUGCAGGACCAGGCAUCGGACUUCCCUUACCCCAACCCAAAUAAUAAGAUACCAAUGAGACUGGUUUGGGGUCAAAACAGGCCCAACUUUAUUGAAUACAGAUGAAAGAGGUUUGGCUUGGGCACGGGGCAAUCAAAAUACUUCUGGCCCACCGCCAGAAGUGACGUGUGGUCAAUCCAGGCGGGGGUUCCUAAGACUUACACCCAAUAGGGUGACCCCCGCAGGGGCCACCGUCUGGGGGAGUGCCUUUGACUCUGGCCCCCCCCCCAGGCCUCGCAGAUAUGGCCACUCCCCUCGGAUCCCUUUACUGGGAUACUCCAGAGUUUGGAGGGGCAGGUGGAGACCACAACCUCCCCUCCAUCCAAAACAAAGGAUUGCCCCAAUGCCCAGCCAGUUUUGAGGAUUGCUAUGAGGUAGGCAAAACCACCAGGUCAGUGCCAAUUAGCCCAGUGGGCAAAUUCCUACCCCGCCCCUUGAAGGACGGCGACCACCGUAGGCACAGCAAAGUCAUUGACUAUCAGCUUAAACCAGACUUCCUCAACCUCGGCCCUCCAGAUGUUUUGAGACUACAAUUCCCAUCAUCCCUGAGCACUGGUCCUGCUAGCUAGGGAUCAUGGGAGUUGGAGGCCAAAAACAUCUGGAGGGCCGAGGUUGAGGAAGCCUGGCUUAAACCGAGGGUGGGCAGGCCGGGAAACCUAGCGCAGGAACAAACAGGCUGAGCUCCAGGUACUGGCUGCUUAAAUAGGCAAGGGGGGGAUCCGAGGGAAGCCCACCGUCUGCUCCAAUCAGGAGGGGCACAGUCAGCUUGAAUUCCCCCAUUGGGGCCCCAGUGAAGCCUCCUCCAUCCUGCAGUGCAGCCACACGAAAAGGAUGAGUGGGCUUGGCCAGUGAAUCCUGACCUGCCUGCUCUCACUGAUCCAUACAAUGUUGGAUUCAGCGGCGUAGCGUGGGUUGUCAGCACCCGGGGCAAGGCAAGUAAUUUGCGCCCCCUAACCCCUAACCUGCCGCCGCUGCCAGCUUCUUCUUGCUUCUUGCUGCUGCCUGGUCUGGUCUGGUGUGGUUCUCUCCCGCGCUCAGCGCUGCGCUGGGCGGCCGCUGCACUGUCCCUCACCCAGAUAGUCCCUCGCUCUCUCUCCGCACCGCACGCCUGGCACCCACCCCCUCCACAGUGGGCGGCGACCCAGCGGCUCGGAUCGGAUUUGCACAGCCAGCACUGCAGUGAGAGAGAGUGAGUGAGCCAGGGAGGGGCAGAGAGCUGCGAGUGCGAGCACGCCCCCCCAGAUGUUGCGCCCGGUGCGGCCGGCCCCCCCUGCACCCCCACGCUACGCCACUGGUUGGAUUGCAUUCAGACUAAGUCCUCGGACACGACACCACCAAGAGAAAGCUUUGCUAUGGAAAUGGGAAAAUGCUUCCACUACACAUUUUCACAUCAAAAGUAUUUUGCAAUGUUUUAUUCCUGUGGUAUUUGAGCAAGACGGCAUUUCCAUCCAAUCUCAGAGGGAAACAAAUGCCCAAAUUAUUGGCAUUUCCUCACAGGGCGAAAAUAUUUCCCCACCCGCUGGGAUUCUGGCCUUUAGCAGAGCUAUGGAUCCUUUUGUCCAUGAGUCACUUGGAGACUUGGUGACUCACGAAGGCUGGAGCAGCCACAGGAAUGUGCACCCGGCUUUGCAGAACAAACGCCAGAGAGUCGGUCUGAAACGGAGAUGUGUUCAAAAUCACAGGGGUGCUCACCAAAUGCAGGGCUACAGGGGAAAGGAGAGGAAGAGGAAAGUCUUGUAUGACUACUGAUGUCACAAAGGAAAAGGGUCACAAUUUAAUCCCACAGCGUCAGCCCAUUAGUCCUCACGUUUGUCUCAGAGACUUUGUCAGAGAUGAGGAUGGGUCAUGGUGGAAUGACUACGGAUGGCACAGUUAAAGCAGAUAAAGUCCUUUCCCCUUGUUUUGGUCUCAAAUCUAGAAUAAAUGCUGAUAACUGCACAAGGUAAACACACAUACAUAGGUAUAUAACCCACAUGUCUAAAAUAGUACAGGAGAGCAACUCAAAAGCCAUCUUGGUUCUUCUAAAGGCUCUCAAUAUUUCCUCUGCCUCCUUAAUCCCCCUUGCCUGAGAAAACGCAGGCAGAUAGCAGUCAGGGGAAGUUCCUGAAGGGAUUCUUCUCCUAUAUAUCUAUGAACCUCCUUUGUAUUACAGUGGUACCUUGGGUUAAGAGUUUAAUUCAUUCUGGAGGUCUGUUCUUAACCUGAAACUGUUCUUAACCUGAAGCACCACUUUCGCUAUCGGGCCUCCUGCUGCGCCACAGCAUGAUUUCUGUUCUCAUCCUGAAGCAAAGUUCCUAACCCGAGGUAAUAUUUCUGGGUUAGCGGAGUCUGUAACCUGAAGCGUAUGUAACCUGAAGCAUCUGUAACCCGAGGUACCACUGUAAUUGUCAUUGUUUGCCCAGAUGCUCUGCACUGAGGGAAGUCUGACAGGCAUCCUGAUUGUCUUAUCAAAUGCUAAUGUUUUGUGUAAACUGUAUCUGGAACUAUGUGAAACUUGCUAAAUCCUCAGGAAUAUUACACCUUGGCCUGCCCGAGUCACAGUAAUUGGGGCAGAGGAAGGGGUGGGUGGUGGGUAUGGGCCGCCCCGGGUGUCACCACUGAGGGGGUGUGUGACAAAACGCUGGGUGGCACUCACCGCAGGGCCUGUAGCACGCCUGAGCCACAUGUCUCUCCUGGGAGAGAUGUGGUGCCUUGGGCGUGUGCAGGCUCCGUGGUCUGCUUGCUGCCUCCCCCCAGCUGUAGGGUGGCCCUGACUCCGGAGGCCCUGCGGUGUGCCCCGCCCCUAUGGGUGGCUCACCCCACCUCACCCUGCCCCUAUGGGAGGCUCAUCCCGCCCCUGGACAGGCUGCCCCAGGCGCCUGAGCGACUUCCUCCGCUUCUGACCGUAACCCCACCUUAUGUGUGAGGUAAUUUCUGACUGUUUGUAGAGGGGAUUGUCUUCCUUGUCCACGCCAAAAGGCAAACCCUUCAAAGAGAUGUUUCUUCUUGGUUCUAGGUUUCUCUUGCCUCCUUGCAAGGAGGCGAGGAAACUCUGCUGCAACAGAAAAACAAAGAUCUGCCUUGCUUUCACUGCAUCCUGUCUCCAUCCAUUCAUCUCUGACCGAUCAGGGACUUAGGGGACUCAGUCCCUUGGGGAGCUGGGCAGCAAAAGCCGAACACCCCUAUUUUUCUAUAGCACCCUUUAUGUAGUCCAUUUAAGGGGGAAAGGAACAUUUAGGAGGCUUGCUCCAAGGUAAAAGGUUGCAGGUUCCCUAAACACAGCAUGUCACCCUCUCUCUCAGCAUGCAGAUUAUUGCACCUUUCCUGUUCUAAGAUGGUUCAGAAGGAGGCAGGCAAGCAAGACAGACCUGGAAUCAUAGAAUUGUAUAGCUGGAAGGAACCCUGAGGGUCAUGUAGUCCAACCCCUUGCAAUGCAUGAAUCUCAACCAAAGCAGCCAUCUUGCAAAUACGUGGGUUUAAACUUGUGAAGUGCAAAGUACAAGUGCGGCAUAUCAGAUGCAAAGAGCGCAUGUUUGUAGAACAUCAGUGUUUCGCUAUAAGAAUUUCUAGGUCUCAAAUAUAGAAUAAGUCUUCAUAAAUGCACACAUAUCUAAAUAGAUGAACCACGUGUCUGAAAUAGUAUGGGAGAGCAAUCCUGAAGCCCUUUUGACUCUCCCAAUGACCUCAGAUAAUCCUCUGCAGUAAGGGAUGCAAAUGGGGAAAGCCUUCCCAUGUUUUUUUUUGCUUACAAAUCCUGUUUUAACAGCGUAUUUCUGUAUGAAUAGGGUGAGUCUGUGACCUGAGUUCAGGAACUAAAAUAUUAACCAUCACAAAAGAAUGGCCAGGCUGCCCAGGUAAUGCAAUCAGUGACCAUUAUCGGGUAUCCUGCAAGACGGGAUUUCUGCUGUAGACCGCCUCCUUCUGUGAUGCAUGUAUGAUGUGUUUUUUUGGGGGGGGUGGUCUUGGGCUACAGGGUGGGCAAUUUCAAGAGUCCAUAUCAAGGGUUGUCAACCUGGUUCGAACUAGUGGGCGUUUCAGGAUUCUAGGUGGGCAGUAGGGGGUUCUACAGCACAAGCUGAAUCCUCCUUCCAUUGAGCACCGGUGGGCGGUAAGGAAAUUUUACCAUCAAGAAAGAUGCAUUAGUGGGCGGUAGGUAUAAAAAGCUUGACUACCCCUGGUCUAUAUAAAGGCUUGCGCACCAUUGUUCGGGGUUCUCUCCUUCCUCCUGCGUGUAGUGAGUGGGGACCCUGUUCCAACAGUUCCUUGAAUAAAGAUCAUGCUGACUAGCUACUUUGCUUCUCAAUAUUCUCUGGUUGGCCUCUGUUAUUUUCUCCUACCAAUAGGGAACCCACUUAAGGACUCUAUAUGGAAUACCCCAUAAGGAAAAGAGAACAGUUUUUCUUAUAGCAGUUUCUUAUGAUGUAUUUGCUUUGUGAUUGGUGCAUGGAAUAUCUGUGGCCUGGGCAAGAGCACUCCCUUCUGACUUUGAAGAGCCAGGACUCCAUCUGGGACAUAAUCUGCUGCUGAGAUCAGACAAGCCUUUCCUGUUCUGGCACACUGAAGUGCACAUUAAUACCUUAUUGACUGCCUAUCUUUUAUGUUUCAUUAACUUGCAAAGGAUUACAGUGCUGUUCACCAUCCCGCCCCCCGCCUGAAAAUCUUUGUAUAAUGAGACAGCUGUUGUAAAUUAUAUUCCUUUUUAGUAAAUUGUGUGGUUAUAAUGGGAAAUUAAGCUACAAACCCUUGCAAGUUUAUGACCUGCAACUGAAUGCAGUCCCCUUUCAUAUUUUAUAAUAUGCAACUUUCUUUUGUAUAUCAGACCUCGGAGGAGACAAAAAUACUUGCUCGGGUCCCCACCACAUGAAGGAUCCCAAAACAAGUCAAAUUAAUUUUUUUUAAAAAAUUCCUUACUUUUUCUGGCCAUAUGUAAACACCCCAGUAACAUUACAAAUUUAGUCAUAAAUCUGAACUACAGUUAUCACUGUAAACCAAUAACAACUGUGCAGAUACUUACUAUAGUGCUUUAAGUUAACAGUGAUAAUAAAUCUGUCAUAAUCCCCAUGGCAACCCACUUAGCUGCGCUGUAGGAGUCGCACGAUGUUAUUGAUAAAAUCUGCCGAACUCUGCUCUAGCUGAGUCACCACACAGAAUACUAUUUCCAUUUUAUUAUAACAACUCUAGUUAAAUGGUGAUUUUAUGUGGCAAGCCAUAUUUAUUUUCCACAGCAGCUUUAUUUUGUUUCUGUAACAUGAAUGAGGCCCCACGUCUAAUACGGACAGGCCCUGGGCCCUGUGUAAGUUAAGAGAAAGCUGCAAUCCUGUGCCCAUGUCCUUAGGAGCAAACCCUGUUGAACAUGCAAUAAACAUGCGCAGGUGUCGGCUGUAAGAUGAUUUUAUUUUGAGCCAGGUAGAGUAACAGAGGGCUCACAUGUGAUUCCUUUUGACCCUCUGUUUUCCCUUGGGAAAACCUGUGGUUUAGCGCUGAAUUGGAACAAAUGUAGGGCUACCAUAUGUCCAGAUUUCCCUGGACAUUCCUGGGAUUUCAAAGGCAGAAGUGACGUCCAGGAGGGAAUUUCCAGAAGGCGGCAUCGCAUUUGUUCGGUGUUUUUGUGGGGGGAAAAGGUCAACAACUCUGGGGUUUGUCUAACUUUUGGGGUAUCCUGGUUUUUUUACUUUUUGAAAUAUGCUAACCCUAUUACAAUUCUUUUUAAGCUCCUGUGAGAAUUUAUUGGCUGGGAUCUCAUCCUGCGCUGUAUUCUUGUUUUGCUGUUGUUGAGAAGUUUUGCAACGUCUGUGCUUUUGCACUCUUCCAUAAGCCAGCAUGGGAAAUUCCAUUUGGCCGUUGACUGGCAGUGAUAGGUUCAGGGCAGAUGUAAUGAAGUAUUUCUAUAAACUUGUUCUCAGUGGUAUUUGGCCGGACGUUGCUGGAAACAGAAAGCUGGGGCUAGAUGGAUCUUUAGUCCAAUGCAGCAAGGGAACUGGUAUACAUGGUAUACAUUUCAAUAAUUUUAUAAUCAUUUCAACGUUUCUAAACUUGACUGCCUUUCCCCUCUUUCUGUGGUUCCUUAAAUUUAUUUUUAACAUUUUCUGCAUAUCCAAAUUAACUUAAUUUGCUCAUUUAUUCAUCUACUUUAAAUAUAUCCUCUUAUAAAACUGCAGGCUAUUACAAUAAUCCCAAUAAUCCUGACAGGUUUCUCUGUGUGUGAUGCCCUCCAGUAUGAUGCUUCAGGCUGCUGAGAGUAAGGUGGGUUAUGAGCUCCUUAUAGUGUGAGUGUGCAUUAUUCUCUUGGAAAAUAUUCAGUAGGGCCAGUUCUGGGGUGGGUUCCAUUACCUGUUUGGUUAUUUUGCAUAUUUCUUAUAAGAUUUCUGUCCAGAAGGAUUUGGGGGCAUUCCCACCACAUGUGGCUGUAUGUGCCUGUGGAGGUGCAGCGUCUCCAGCAUUUUGGUGAGGUUCCGGGGUGUAUCUGUUGGUUUCUAUUUCCCUCACUGAGCAGCAACUGCAGUCAGAAGACAUUGUUUUGCAUUCCACAGUCAGAGUUACUGUUGGAUUCCCACGGGAAUGGGAGACUGGAUGUGACGUACACUGGUUUCCUGUUUUUCACUGUUCUCUCGGUUUCUUUGUUAGAGAGACAGUUGCUUCUCUGCUCUCACAGAGGCAAGAUGCAUGUUUGUAUUCUCUCAGCAUAGAGUGAAAUAAAGUUAAGAAUGUGGCACAUACUGCUUAUCCUUCUGCUGUGUGGACUACUCUGUUUGGGCUCAAGAUGUGACGAGCCUGUAUCAGCUUCAGAUGGCCCGAAGCUGGUCAAAAUCUCACAGUAUCAGUGCCAGUUUCUGUGGUGUUAGGUACCAUCUGUAGGUAAGUUUCAAGGUGAGCUCCAUUCUUUUGACUGAGAUGGAUUCAAAGGGAGGUUUAGACCACAUUCUAGUCCAUUGGGUAGGGUUCAUAACCUAUGUCGUGCUCCCAUUGUUCUUUGAUUGCGUUGAGGGGGUUUGUGGGAUUUUGGAGAAGUAUUUUGUAUAUUGUGGAUACCAUUCCCUUGCUGUGUCCCUCUGCUGUUAGGAGGAGGUUUUCAAAGGUGAUCAAGGGCCUAGGUGUUAUGUACUGAAGUUCUCACCCUGGGCCAGCAGGGGGAUACUGUAGAUAGUUCAGGUCCACAUAUGCAAGUAAGGGAUCGAAAGUGACGUUCAGUGAUUGGAUAGUUAUAGAAAGUUGUUACAGUUACGUUGUACUGGAGCUCUAUAUAAGCAGGCUGGCUGAACCCUUCAGUUCAGUUCUGUUCUGGCAUGUGAAUAAACAAGAGCUGUUUGAAGAAUCGCUGUGUCAUCUGAUAUGUUCACCCACCACUUAACACUAGUGGCUGCUGAUUUUUACUGCUGGAUUGUUUAAGAAGGCGUGUAGUUGGUGGUGUGUUAGUCAGGGUAUUUGGGUAUCCCCUAGUUUGUCUUGUAUUCCUUGUGUUGAUACGGGUUUGCUAUUUUUGUAGAAGUCUGCUAGAUGGUAUAGGCCUUUGGCUUGCCAAGCUUUUACAGUGGUGCCUCACAAGACGAAAUUAAUCCGUUCCGCGAGUCUCUUCGUCUAGCGGUUUUUUCGUCUUGCGAAGCAACCCUAUUAGCGGCUUAGCGGAUUAGCGCUAUUAGCGGUUUAGCGGCUAUUAAAGGCUUAUCGGCUUAUCGGCUUAGCUGCUAAAAGGCUAUUAGCGGCUUAGCAGCUUAGAAAAAGGGGGGGGAGCGAAAAAAAAAUCUCAAGACUCGCAAGACAUUUUCGUCUUGCGAAGCAAGCUCAUAGGGAAAUUCGUCCUGAGAAGCAACUCAAAAACGGAAAACCCUUUCGUCUAGCGGGUUUUCCGUCUUGCGAGGCAUUCGUCUUGCGGGGCACCACUGUAAUUUUCCCCCUGCCAUUUAUGGAGUUGGGUUGAGAGAAUCCAGAUUGGGAGGGUUUGGAAUAGGUAGGUUAAUUUUGGGAGGGUGAUCAUUUUGACCAUGGCUAUUUUGUCUGAAAGGGUGAAGUUGAUGUCGUUCCAUUUCCUCAAGUCUCUGUUGAUUUGCACCCCUAGGUAUCUGAAUUUGGUGUGGCAGAGUUUUAUAUUUGUGAUGUUGGUGAAUUCCUUCUGGGUAUGCGGUGUGUGUGUGUGUGUGUGUGUGUGUGUGUGUGUUGAAGCACAUAACCUCGGAUUUAGCAGAGUUCACCUGUAAGCCUGACACCAUAUCAAAUAUGCUGAGUUCUUUGAUUAGAAUGAUUGCUGUGUUUAUGAGAUCUGGUGUCAUGACAAAGAGCCUAGUUUAUAGGUUUUACCUUUCAUUUCCACUCCCUUGAUAUCAGGGGCAGCUCGGAGUCGGAUUGCUAGGGGUUCCAGGCCUAGGAUGAAUAGGAAGGGAGCCAGUGAGCAUCCUUGUUUUGUGCCUCUUUGGAUUACUAUGGUAUUGGAGCCCAUACAAUUAAUUCUGCAUUUUGCUGAGGUAAAUUUGUUUCCUAAUUUGGAGAAAGCUGGGGUCAAAUUACAUGUUGGUAAAUACUGCUAUUAGGUAUUUCCAUUCCAAAAAAAUCAAAGGCUUUGAGGAUGUCCAGCAACCUAAUCGUCAGUGGGAGUUUGGUUGUUUUGCUGUGUUUGAUCAGAUUCAGUAAUUUCCUAAUGGGAUCUGUUAUAUUGCGGCCAGGGAUGAAGCCAAUCUGGUCUGGGGCUAUUAAUUGGCGUAGGAAAAAAUUUAGGCAGUUGGCCAACGUUGAUGUGAGUAUUUUGAAGUCUUGAUUUAUCAAUGAGAUUGGGCAGUAUGAUUCUACUUUGAAACUAUCCUUGAGUGGUUUUGGGAUAGAGACUAUUUUAGAGGAGGUCUAAGUUUUUAUGAAUUACAUGUAGAAUUCUGCUGCAAUUCCAUCCGGGCCUGGAGCUUUGUGUGGUUUCAGGUUUUUGAGGACUUGUUUCCAAUUCCUCUGGGGUGAUAGGACCGUCCAUGAAUUCUUGUUCCUCUGCAGUUAAGGUCGGCAUAGUCAGCCCUGCUAGGAAAUUUCUGAUAUCCUGCUCAUAUGGGUUGUGGGAGGUGUGGAGUAAAAUUCAGUUUUAUUCACAGCGUGGGUUUCUCACUCUAAGACAAAAUUAUAGGGUCAGAAUGCUCACAGCACAGCAACUUGAUUAGCAGACGCUCCCGUGGGGCUUCAUAAUCAAAUAUUUGUUCACUGAAAUGGAAUCAAAGCAAAGGGUUUGCGAAGUAAGUCCCACAGCGCACAAUACUGAAAUAACAGAUGGAAAUUUAACAGAAUUGAAACAUUCUUUCUGUGCCGAGGCCUCUUUGAAGUGUGCAAUUGAGCUCAGCCAAGAAUGAGGGGGAAAUGGACAAUGUCAGCAAAGCAGAGCAUUGGCGCUUCCCAGAAGAUGCGUAUCCCAGCAUGCACUGCUAGUGACCACUGGUUUUUCUGGUGCUUUCCCUGGGGUCCAGAUCCCGGCACGCACUGUUGUUGAGCAUGCCCAGAAAAGAUUUCUCAGAGGAAAUGCCGUGACCACACUCAUGAUUUAGAUUGGCUGGAGUUCUAUCAUUCGGACGGGGUUUUCAAUACAGCAUUGCAAUUUGGUUUUUUAGCAGAAAGGGUUUGGCACCAUUUUGCCCCAGGAGAUGUGAAACUGAAGAAUUUAAUAUUUUAGCAAACCAAUCUGCCGUUCUAGGAAUUUGCCAUUUAAAAGAGGGGGCGGGAGAGAGAGAGAGAGAACGAAGAAUUCCAAAAUCACCUAAUUGAUUCAGAGAAAGAACAGAAACUAUACCAAAAUAUGGGGCGCCACCCAGUCAGAGUUAUAACACUAUUUAGUUCCCAUUAUGUCAAUGAGAUAAUUAAGCAAGUCCCUCUUCCCUAUUUAAACCAGCCGGAUUUAAAAGUGCUUAACUUUGGCAAUCAGUUGGGUGUUGUCAGUUCAUGGUCUUAAAGCAGAAGACCAGAACGUUCUUCUGUCCAAGACAGAACAAAUAGUUUUUAAGAAGUCAUUUGUUGUAAGAAAGACAUCUCUUCCCAUGGUGUACAUAUGUCCCCCCCCCCAAUUGUUGCCUAUAAUCAUACAAGUUUUGUAGGUUUUUGAAAUAAUAAUAAUAUAACUUGCUAAGCCUUCAUGUGCAGUAAUUCCUCUAGGAAACAGCCUUCAGUUCUCUGAAAAAAACUCAUCAGCCUAAAACAAACAAAUAAAACCUUCUUCUAUAAACCCAAAUUUUGCAGAAGAGAGUACCCCAAGUCUUUAAGUUUCUGCUUUGGGGGUAUGCGAUGAAAUCUUACUAUUGGCAAAUAUACAGUGGUACCUCGGGUUAAGUACUUAAUUCGUUCUGGAGGUCUGUUCUUAACCUGAAACUGUUCUUAACCUGAAGCACCACUUUAGCUAAUGGGGCCUCUCACUGCUGCCGGAGCACGAUUUCUGUUCUUAUCCUGAAGCAAAGUUCUUAACCUGAAGCACUAUUUCUGGGUUAGCGGAGUCUGUAAUCUGAAGCGUCUGUAACCUGAAGCGUAUGUAACCCGAGGUACCACUGUACAUAUAUACAUACAUAUUAGGGAAAUUACACACAAAAUAAGGGUGAGCUCCCGUUGCUCGGUCCCUGCUCCUGCCAGCCUAGCAGUUCAAAAUCAUGUCAAAGUACAAGUAGAUAAAUAGGUACCGCUCAGGCGGGAAGGUAAACGGCAUUUCUGUGCGCUGCUCUGGUUCGCCAGAAGAGGCUUAGUCAUGCUGGCCACAUGACCCAGAGAACAAAUGCCGGCUCCCUUGGCCAGUAAAGUGAGAUGAGCGCUGCAACCCCAGAGUCAUCUGUGACUGGACUUAAUGGUCAGGGGCCCCUUUACCUUUGCCUUUAUGCAGUGGGUGGUGCCAUGGUCUAAGCCACUGAGCCUCUUGGGCUUGCCGAUCAGAAGGUCAGUGGUUCAAAUUCCCGCGACGGGGUGAGCUCCCAUUGCUCUGUCCCAGCUCCUGCCAACCUAGCAAUUUGAAAUCACACCAGUACAAGUAGAUAAAUAGGUACCACUGUGGUGGGAAGGUAAAAGGCGUUUCCGCGCACUUUGGUUUCUGUCACAGUGUCCCGUUGCACCAGAAGAGGUUUAGUCCUACUGGGCACAUGACCCGGAAAGCUGUCUGUGGACAAACACCAGCUCCCUCGGCCUGAAAGUGAGAUGUGUGCCACAACCCCCUAGUCCUUUGACUGGACUUAACCAGGGAUCCUUUACCUUUUUUUUUUUUUUUUGCUAUGCAAUACCUCCACAUCCCUCCCCUAUAUGCCUAGGUGAUAGUGACAACAGCAUCAACCUUUUAUGUUUUAAUUCUGUGAAUGUUUUUAAAUUAUUGUUUAUUUUUAUGCUUUUUGUGGUUCUUAUCUUCUUAUGUUUACAGUGGUGCCCCGCAAGACGAAUGCCUCGCAAGACGGAAAACCCGCUAGACGAAAGGGUUUUCCGUUUUUGAGUUGCUUCGCAGGACGAAUUUCCCUAUGGGCUUGCUUCGCAAGACGAAAAUGUCUUGCGAGUCUUGAGAUUUUUUUUCGCUUUUCCCCCCCUUUAUCUAAGCUGCUAAGCCUUUAAUAGCCUUUUAGCAGCUAAUCCGCUAAUCUGAUAAACCUUUAAUAGCCGCUAAACCGCUAAUAGCGCUAAUCCGUUAAGCCGCUAAUAGGGUUGCUUCGCAAGACGAAAAAACCGCUAGACGAAGACACUCGCGGAACGGAUUAAUUUCGUCUUGCGAGGCACCACUGUAUAUGCAAGCCUCCUUGAGGCCCAUAAUGGGAAAGUUGGAGUAUAAAUAAAGAUAUCAUCACCACCAUAAAUUUACACAUUUGUCCGGAUUUUUAGUUUUGGGGAAAUGGCAAGCCUAGUUCCCAGGGGAGGAUCAAGUUUCUCUUUGCUCUGUUCUCCUGAUUUAAAUCCCCUCUGAAGCUGCCUGCUAUUGGGUGAAAGGAACAUCAGGUACCUAUAUUAUACAAGUCUCCCCUUCACCACUGCACCCCCUCCAGCUUUCACGAUGCAUGCCAGCUUAGGGGUGUGAGGGAUUUACAUGUGGGGAAAUGGCACAAAGUGGUGGGGGGAAGAGUUUAACUCCCUCUCCUGAUAGGGCCAUGGUCCUGUUCUAAGCAAAAGACAAUGGGAGACCAGUCAUGAACCGUCAUGGGUGCUUAGACACUUAACACUGUGGUUUCUAAUAAUUAACCAUACAUCUUGCUGCAGGGAGAUUCUCAUUUCAGUCAUCUUAUUGUUGUUAGGUAGUUUUCAUUGGUUGCCAAGGGGAAAAAAUAGGUAUAUAAAAGGAGAAUUCCCUGAAUGCCAAGAUUUGGAGCAAAUACUCUUUGUUGAGAGGACCCCGGCAGAGAUUUAAAAUCCCAAAACAUGCUGCAAAGUAAAGCGUGGAAAUGCAGGCUGUUAGACCUUUAAAAUAUGCCCUUUUUGGUUCCUUCCAAAAUUCCCCUCUCCCCCUAGCAUAGAAAAGAUCACGUUUGGUAAGUUAAGAAAUUGUUUACUUACAGACUCUCCAAAGGUCAGAUCUAUGUGCUUUUCUAUACAGCAUUCAGAAAAAGUUGCAUAGGCAGUAACUCUUGGCUUGGUUACAGUGGUGAAAGGUCCUAUAUUAUUGGUAUAGGAGCUCAAAAGAGGCUUGUUAGAGCCAUGCGGUCUGAGCUUGCAGCAACCAGCUCAGACCUCUUUACAUGCUGAGCUUCCCAGGUAGAUUGAAGAGCAAACGUUUGAUUACCUUCCUCACAGGGUGUGGCGUGGGACACCUAGCUAAGCCUGCUGGGACAACUUACUCUAUGGUGUUAACCCUUUCAUGCAUCCAUUAGAUGUAAGCAUGUUGGUGAUAUGAGGCUUGCUAUCCCGCAGUUUUAAGGUUUGGAUUAAAUUAGUGAUAUAGUAGUAAAUAAUGACAUCUCUUAGCCCCUACAUUAGCAGAGGCCACAGCCCUGCCCACCAGGAGAACCCAAAAAUGCAGGCAGUUGAUAUACCCUAGAGAGCAACAAUACAUAGUACCCAUUUUAUUAUGAUCAGCUAACAGCCAUAAUCAUCAUCACUAGCUGGCAAUGGGUGGUGUUGGAAUGGUCACAGUGUUGGACUUUGGCUGUUGAAAUCUAGGUUUACAUUCCUGAUCCACUGUUAAGUUCACCUUGGGCUAGUCACUGUCUGAGCCUAGUGUCGGAACCUGCGUUCGACCGAGUGACUCUUCCGGAACCGCCCCCCGACAAUAACUCCAGGCACAUUCCCCCAUUCAGCAGAGUUUCUAGCACAGGGAAGAGACGAGAAGUUUGAGCUACAUUGCUAGGUUUUAUUACUAAGCUACGCAGACAGAAAAGAAAUACACCCUCUCUCUGUGAGAGCAGAGAGCAACUGAAGAAAGGAACAGGAAACCAGUAACAUCACAUCCGUCACCUGUCUUCUGUGAGACUUCCAGCAGUCUGGAAUGUGGGGAAUGCAAAACAGAGUCUUGUGACUCCAAAGCGCUGCAUAGUGGCAAACAGAAACUAACACCUAGCAAAGGGACCUUUUGCUAAACGAGACCUUUCUUCCAACACCCUUUGCCUCCCUGCUUACAACAGACAGCAUGUGCUACCUUCAAUAGAUUACAUGACCGCUCCUUGUGGGAGAAAAGUAGAUCACUAAACUGCUGUUGUCUAUGUAGCUUUCAGUGUUGUUUAGUCUGCAAUUCUAAACAAAGGUGGAAUCUAGACACAUAUUAAAAAAACAUUGUGAAAAUGCUUUUAAAUACCUUUUAAAAAAUACCUUUCCCACCCCGACCUGGCCACAGUGAUCCAUGUGAUGGUCACCUCCAGGCUUGACUACUGUAAUUCGCUCUACGCGGGGCUGCCCUUGAAGCUGUCCCACAAAUUCCAGCGGGUGCAGAAUGCUGCAGCGAGGCUCCUCACGGGGUCUCUGCCAUGGGAGCAUAUUCACCCAGUGCUUUUCCAGCUGCACUGGCUCCCGGUGGAGUACAGAGUCAGAUUUAAGGUGCUGGUUUUGACCUUUAAAGCCCUUCACGGCCUAGGAUCCUACAGGACCGCCUCUCCUGGUAUGCCCCACGGAGGACCUUAAGGUCCAUAUAUAGCAACACCUAGAGGUCCCGGGCCCUAAGGAAGUCGGAUUAGCCUCAACCAGAGCCAGGGCCUUCUCAACACUGGCUCCGGCCUGGUAGAACACUCUGUCUCAUGAGACCAGGGCCCUGUGGGAUCUGAUUUCUUUCCGCAGGGCCUGUAAGACAGAGUUGUUCCACCUGGCCUUUGGGUUAGAAUCAGUUUGAUUCCCUCCCCCUCUUUCUUUUUCCUUUCUGUGGCUGCAUCCUAAUGUUUUAAUGUUGCAUCUUAAUCUUUUAAAUUGUAUUUUAAUCAACUUAUUUUAUUAUUGGUUGUUAGCCACCCUGAGCCCAGCCUUGGCUGGGGAGGGCAGAGUAUAAAUAAAAAUUUAUUAUUAUUAUUAUUUAAAAAGUUUUGAAAAAAUAUAUUGAAUUUACCAUAGCUCGCCAUCGCCACCUUUUGUCACAUUUGUAUAAUGUGCCUUACAACACACUUAAAAUGUUUUAUUUGCAGCUGUAUAGCUGAGUCCAAACUUACUAGGGAACAAGCCCCACUGAACAUAGUGCAUUUUGUUUCUGAGUAAACAUGUAUAGGAUUGCACCACUAAUCUGACUUGGAGUAGUACACACUCAACUGAUUAUUACUAUGAAUCAUUAUAUUUUUCUGGACUCCGGUGAGUAGUAGUUUUAAUAGGAAGUCAUAGAAAACAUUUUGGUAGAAGUAGUGGGGGUUUUCGGUUAAUAAAAUGAGGUUCUGGUACUCACAUCUUGAUAAAAGUUGCCGUGGGUGUCAGCACAAAAUGGCUACCAUGAACAGCCAAAAAAGAGGUAACAUUGCUCUGUAUGGAUGAGUACUGCCACAUGCAAAAAAGCAUUAGGUUUGAGGGGGGGAAACGUGUUUGUUGCUGGACUGUUAUUUUGUGCAGAAUAUCUCUGGGCUCCAUGUGGAAGGAUUUGCCUGGUAUAUAUGUCUCAGUCGCUUGGUUAAAGGAGAGUGUCUUUUAGCUAGUUUUUGAGGGGAUACUGGCCUGCUUCUUUGGUCUGAUUUGCUCAAUAUUUUUUUUUGUGGGCAGGGAUCUGAGCACCACCACUUUUUCUUCUGUGAAAUGGGCAUUUUGUACUGCCCACAAUAGCUUCCCAAAUGCGCCCCUGGACACAAAAUGUUGAAAAUCUUGGCCUCAAUCAAGAGUUGCAUGACUUAACUGGCAGAAACUCAUACGAUUAGUCAACUGGGACUUCUUUGUCAGAUGGCAGCCCCAAUUUAAUGCAAGAGCAACCAUUUCCCAUGUAGAAGUGAACCAUAGCAAAACAUUGGCAUCAAUGGCAAAUGACAGAUGCAAGCCAGCUCUCUGAUUUCUAGUGGCAAUAUCCCUAGUCAUGGCGGUGCCCCUGCAGCCUGUUUACAAUUUCCAGGAUUACAGCUUUCAUUUUGUACCCGCGGUGUGGCACCAUGGGCUUCAUUUCUACCGCGACUUCUCUGCUCACAGCACUUGCAGCUGCAAUAGACUGUGGGAAAAUAUUUCGUUUCCCCAAGAGAUAGCAUUAGGCAUGAGCGGGAUUCACGUGAUUGGCCCCAGUCCACACAUAUGUCUCCAGCAUUCAGAUGCUUCUUAGUAUGGAAUCCCCUCAGGUCUUAAGACUGGCUGGAAGCAGGUAACUUUACCAGGGCUCCGAGAAAGUCUGAGCUGUAAACCUAUUGCCACAAGGAUAUAUUUGAAGCUGAAUUGUACAUCACGAGGCAGGACAUACAUUUCUAGCUAUGCAGCGCGUCCCUAUCUUCUGAGAUUUGCUGGAGCCUAGUCUCCAGAUGUAUGGAUGUGAUGUGAUAUAUGGAACUGAGCGCUGGACUGUAAAGAAGGCUGAUCGCCGAAGAAUUGAUGCUUUUGAAUUCUGGUGCUGGAGGAGACUCUUGAGAGUCCCAUGGACUGCAAGAAGAUCAAACCUAUCCAUUCUGAAGGAAAUCAGCCCUGAGUGCUCACUGGAAGGACAGAUCCCGAAGCUGAGGCUCCAAUACUUUGGCCACCUCAUGAGAAGAGAAGACUCCCUGGAAAAGACCCUGAUGCUGGGAAAGAUGGAGGGCACAAGGAGAAGGGGACGACAGAGGACGAGAUGGUUGGAUAGUGUUCUCAAAGCUACCAGCAUGAGUUUGACCAAACUGCAGGAGGCAGUGGAAGACAGAAGUGCCUGGUGUGCUCUGGUCCAUGGGGUCACGAAGAGUCGGACACGACUAAACGACUAAACAACAACAAUCUCCAGAUCUCACAGCAGCACCGUAGUUCAUGCAGGGGCUGAUGGGAGCUGUGAGCCCUAAACAUCUGGAGGGCACCAAGCUGGAAAAGGCUGUUCUACUCUGACAGCCAGCAAGUAUGCACAGCCAGCUUCAGGCAGAGGCAUUCUUAAACAUAUGGCGAGUUGGUUGGUGUAUUUCAUUACUCUGGCCACUGACCACAGCAACUGCUGAGGCAUGGGACGCAGGUAGCACUGUGGUCUAAGCCACUGAGACUCUUGGGCUUGCCGAUCAGAAGGUUGGCCAGCAUGGUGUAGUGGUUAAGAGCAGUGGACUCAUAAUCUGUUGAACCAGGUUUGCUUCCCUGCUCCUCCACAUGCAGCUGCUGGGUGACCUUGGGCUAGUCACACUUCUCUGAAGUUUCUCAGCCCCACUCACCUCACAGAGUGCUUGUUGUGGGGGAGGAAGGGAAAGGAGAUUGGUAGCCGCUUUGAGACUCCUUAGGGUAGUGAUAAAGCGGGAUAUCAAAUCCAAACUCUUCUUCUUCUUCUUCUUGGCAGUUUGAAUCCGCACCACGGGGUGAGCUCCCAUUGCUCUGUUCCAGCUCCUGCCAACCUAGCAGUUUGAAAGCACACCAGUGCAAGUAGAUAAAUAGGUAUCGCUGCAGCGGGAAGGUAAACAGCAUUUCUGUGUGCUCUGGUUUCUGGCACGGUGUCCUGUUGCUCCAGAAGUGGUUUAGUCAUGCUGCCCACAUGACCUUGAAAGCGGUCUGUGGACAAACGCUGGCUCCCUUGGCCUGAAAGCGAGAUGAGCGCCGCAACCCCAUAGUCAGCUUUGACUGGACUUAACCAUCCAGGGGUCCUUUACCUUUUCUUACCUUUUACCUUGAUCCUCAGUCUAGUCAAUGCUCAGAACUGGGUCCUGUGGGGCUUUAGUCAUUAGGAAAUCCCCACAGUGUCCCAGUUACACAGCCCUAACUCAUCUUUCCACAAGGAGAAUUGCAGUCCUAUUCCUAACACUCUAGUCUGAUCGUUUUGGUCACGAGCAAAACAAGAAAUUGCAUUUUUAAUAGUAGAAAGGAGCCCUUGCAUCUUGUUAACAUCUGCAGUUCAAUCACAUUUCUGGGCUAAAAGCUGCGGAAUGCCUCAGCAGGACAUAAAUCUCACCGCUUGCCGAAGUUGCCAUACAUGGGAUCCAGAUGUGACUGGGAGAAUUAACAUUCACUUGUGACACGUAAGGGUGUCGGCAGCUUUGAGCAAACCCUAAUAAGAAAGGAUGCUGAACUAACGCACCAUAACCACCCCUUUAAAGCCUGGGCUGAGGCAUCAAAUCAUAAAGUUAGUAGUCCUGUCUCGGGCAUUAGCAAGAAGCAGAAGGUGUUUUGAAUUUUCCUCCAAAGUCUCAUAACACGGUACUUCCCAUGCACUGCUUACUUGCCUUGGUGUCUUUUUCAGUCUGCCAGGGACCUCUGCCGUUUUCUGUAAAUAUAAAGCAGAAGCGCUUCUCUUGAGUGAUGCACACAAUUUAAUGCUAAGUCUCUUCCGUGACAAAGAUAUGACAGAGACUGAUGAGAACUCCCAGCCCAUUUGCCUUCCGCAGCUGCUUCUAAAAUAUUUACGCAUGUACCGUUCAUUUCCCACUGUGGCUACCGCCAGCCUGUCUUAUCCAUUGAGGCUAGUGGCGUGGGGCACCAGGGCGCCAGGUUCUGGGGGGCGCCAGGUGAGAAUCUGGGGAACACUGAACGAGGGCGCUGAGUGAGCGAUGGGGUGCCAGAAGGCUAAAAGGGAAAAAACCGAGCCAACACUUAGCGGGAGCGGCGCACACGCUCUCGCUUGCUCGGCACAGGCGCGCUCGCUCGGUGUGCUGCCUGCCAUGGCCACCGCGGCACGAAGCGGCCAGCUGAGCUGGGAGGUGCCGCGUCCAGCCUCCGCCUCUUCCCCGCCGGAGGAGCCACCCUCCAGCCGCUGCCCGCCUCUUCCAGCCCUAAAAAAAGGUCAACUCUGGGAAAGGGGGGGGCGCCAGAGGGAUCUUUGCACCACGGCACCGGAUAUGCUUAAGAUGGCCCUGGCUACCGCAACCCUUUUCUGAGUGGUCUUUUCUUCUGCCAUAUCUCCAGAUUCAGUUCAGGAUACUUCUGCUAAAACCUGUUCUCCUUGGCAUCAAUAGAAUUAUCUCACCUACGUGGUGUAGUGGUUAAGAGCGGUAGACUCAUAAUCUGGUGAAUCGGGUUUGAUUCCCCGCUCCUCCACAUGCAGCUGCUGGGUGACCUUGGGCUAGUCACACUUCUCUGAAGUCUCUCAGCCCCACUCACCUCACAGAGUGUUUGUUGUUGGAGGAAGGGAAAGGAGAUUGUUAGCCGCUUUGAGACUCCUUCGGGUAGUGAUAAAGCGGGAUAUCAAAUCCAAACUCCUCUUCUCUUGAAGGCAGGGAUACACAAUUUGUGAGUUACCAACCAACCAAUGCAGGCCACCAGUUAUGUCUGGCAACUGGUAGGAUAGUGCUUAGCUUGCUGUGUUUGAAAUGGUCUUGGCAUCGCCUAGUUGUUAGAGUUAUUCUGUCUGUCACCCAGCACUGAGCUGGUUAUUCUUUCCAUACCCAUUCAAUCUCAUGCUCCCUCUGCUGUUGGAUCCCUUUCACGUUCCUGGAUAUCAUCCGCAGUUUUGCACUGCACGCUUUAAAUUUUCAAAAUCGCCUAAGGCUCAGCUUUCAGACUGACCCCCCUCCAACCUGCCCUGCCCUUCUUUCUGGGGGGUAUUCAUUGCAUUUUCUAAUAAUUUAAGUGCAAUACUUAAAACUGCAGAAAAUGUGAGUUUCCCCCUCAGCUAGUGCUGUCAUUGCUGCACAAAAUGUGGCGGCGCAAGUGUGAUGAGCUUCAAGUCGAUAUAGACAUGACUGGUGCAUCUUGAGAAGAGCUGCCAAGCCAGAGAAAUCUCAGCCUACGUCCUCCAGUUCUUGUCCUGACCUGAAAGAUUUUAUAUGACCUGGUGUGAGGCUUCAUGACCUGGUGUGAGGCUUCGCACCAGGCAAAACCUGGCAAAACUUUUGGAAUCGGUGGGCAUACAAAAGGCAGCCUGCUGGUGUGGUGGGUAUCCUACUGAUUGUAGCAAAACUAACGGUUACUGCAAAGUACAGUGGUGCCCCGCAAGACGAAUGCCUCGCAAGACGAAAAACUCGCUAGACGAAAGGGUUUUGCAUUUUUUGAGUCGUUCCGCAAGAUGAAUUUCCCUAUGGGCUUGCUUCGCAAGACGAAACGUCUUGCGAGUUCUUGCGAGUUUGUUUCCUUUUUCUUAAAGCCGCUAAGCCGCUAAUAGCCGCUGAGCCGUUAAUAGCCGCUAAGCCGCUAAUAGCCGCUAAGCCGCUAAUAGCCGCUAAGCCGCUAAUAGCCGUGCUUCGCAAGACGAAAAAACCGCAAGACGAAGAGACUCGUGGAAUGGAUUAAUUUCGUCUUGCAAGGCACCACUGUACAGUGGUACCUCGGGUUAAGAACUUAAUUCGUUCUGGAGGUCCGUUCUUAACCUGAAACUCUUCUUAACCUGAGAUACCACUUUAGCUAAUUGGGCCUCCCGCUGCCGCCGUGCCGCCGGAGCACGAUUUCUCUUCUCCUCAAGAAGCAAAUUCUUAACCUGAGGUACUAUGUCCGGGUUAGCGGAGUCUGUAACCUGAAGCGUCUGUAACCUGAAGCGUCUGUAACCUGAGAUACCACUGUACAGAGAAUUUGAGGUUUCCUUAAAAAAAAAAAAAAAAGCAAGUUCCUAUAGCCUUCCUGGUUCUGAGCACAUUUGGGCAGCUGAUAUGUAGAGAUCAGAGGUGCUUUUCACGAUGGGACAUGAACAGUAUAGCUCCUUCACGUCCCCAAUCCAUUUAUAUAGCCCUCCUUUUUCUCAAAGGGGCAGAUAUGGUUUUCUGUCUCUCUCCUUGAUGACAGCCCUGUGAGGCAGAUUUGGCUGAGAGUCAGUGAUUGGUCCAAGGUCACCCAGUGAGCUUCAUGGCCGAGUGCAGAUUCAAACCCUGGUAUCCCAGGUCCACUCUAACCACUAUGCCACACCAUAGAUACAUUAUAUAUACUGCUCCUAUAUACAUUACUCGGUGCAUCCCUUUUCUGCUCCCCCCCUUCAUUUUAAAAAACAACAGAACCAGGGUUGGUGUGUAGAGAUGGAGCUAAGCUUGGCAAACUGAGGUAUUUUUCACAAACUUGCAAAAUAUACAUUUUCUCUUAAUUCUGAAAUUCAGAAAGCAUCACGCUCCCGGAACAUGCGUCACUCCACACCUGUUCCAACUUACCUGGUGUUGAUGGUGCCAGCAGCAAUAGUUUAAGAGUAAUGAAAUUGCAGUUAAGAAGCUCAAAUCAUAUAUAUAUGACUGACACUCUUCUUUGGAAAUUAAACCAAUGUUCAGAUUUUGACAUUCAAAAACUUUACUUGCAGAAACUUAUAGGUGAAUUAAAACAUAAUAUUUACAGUCACAUGCCUAUCCAAGCAUGGGCUUAUGGUCUCUUUGUCUAACUUUCAAGCAACUAUAUUUUCCUCCCUCUCCAGAGCUCAGCACUCUAGACUUCUGUAUCUCAAUUAGGCCAUUCCUUGCAGCUCCUAUGAGAGAUUUCCACUUGCUUUUCUCUCUUUCAAGUAGAGAAGAAGCACUCCAACACUCUAUUCGACUUAGCAGUGUUCACAGUGGAUUCCAAAAUGCAGUCAUUGCUUUACAUAAUGCAUCUUGCUUUACCUAAAAUGGAGCCUCUCCUUCACAUGAUACCCUCCCAAGUGACCAAUGCUAGCCAAUCACAUGAGUACUACUAGAAUUCAGUUACCAACCAAUCAAGUUUAAACACAGUAAUGCAUUCAAGCAUUUACAAUUUCAGUGAAUUAAAUUGCUAUACUUGUCUUGCCUCCAAUGUCCCAACUACUAGAGAACUUGGGAAAUAUGAUGGAUAAUGGAUGUUCAAUUCCAUAGGAGACAGAAUGCACAGUUGUGGGAAUGCACACCCAAAAGGCCAUGGACCCAAGCAAUGAUCUCUUAGUGACCCUACUGGUAGGAGCACAACCACUGUAAUACUGAACCUCCACUGACCACCUUCUGGUAGCUGCAGAAGAAUCCUGGGGUCAGUGGUGUCAAAAGCCACUGAGAGGUAAUAAUGAAGCAAUAGGGUUGCACUCCCCCCUCCCAUUAGGGCGUCAUCAAUUGGGGCGAACAAAGCUGUUUUGGUGCCAAAACUGGGCUAGAAACCAGACUGCAGUGGUUCUAUCUAGAUGGUCUUCUUCCUGCCAAACCAUGUGGCUGACCUUCUCAAUCACCUUGCCCUGGAAGGGGAUAGUAGAGACUGGAUGGUAGUUUCCUAAAACUACUGGAUGUAGGAAGCACCUCUUCAAGAGGGGCCACACCAUUGCCUCUUUCAAGGAGAUAUGCAUACCUCUCUCAGUCCGUCCCCCUUUUGGAUUUUGCCAGCUGUGAUGGACAGGGAUUGAGAGAGCACAUAGUUAGUCUCCCUGCUGCAGACGUCCUGUCUAGGUCACAUCCUUGUACCUGCCCUGUUCUUGCGUAAAGCAGGGAGGUCCACCAAAAAGUGUGUGUGUGUGCAAAGCCAGAGGAGGCCUCCUGCUGCCCUUUUCCUAUCUGUCCUCCACUGCUUCAAGCACUAUAUGUAUAUGCAUGUAUAUGUAUAUAUAUAAUUUCAUUAAAUUUUCUAAUUCCAAAAUAUUCAUUUAGACAACCUUAAAUCAAUGACUUCCUUCUUCUCUUUCCAUGGUUCAUUUUGCAUACUAUACAUCCCUGCAUAUUUUACAUGAACAAAACUAUUCAGUAAUCCAUCGUUACAUCCAUCAAAACUUGUUUACACUGUUGAAUUUAUCUUAAUGCUACCCGCAUUUUUAAAUGAACAUAAUUUUCACCCAUAUAUUCAGUAAACAUUUUCCAGUUUUCUUUAAACGUACACUCUUCUUGUUCUCUUAUUCUAUAUGUUAAAUCUGCAAGCUGCACAUAUUCCAUCAGUCUAAGUUGCCAUUCUUCUUUGAUUGGGAACUCGCUCGUUUUCCAUUUUUGGGCUAACGAAACACGGCCCGCAUACAUAAAUAGUCUUUUUUGACACCUGGGAAUUUCCCUCUGAAUUAUCCCCAACAAAAAGGACUUUGGGGGUUUUUGGGGGGGAAAGGUACUUUUAAACAAUUUUUUCAGUUCAUUAUAAAUCAUUUCCCAAUAAUCUUUUACCUUUUUACAAGUCCACCACAUAUGAUAAAAUGUACCAUCAACCUCAUUACAUCUCCAGCACUUAUCUGAUUUGGACUUAUACAUUUUAGCAAGUCUGCUCGCGGGUUUCCCUGUGGGUUAAACCACAGAGCCUAGGACUUGCCGAUCAGAAGGUCAGUGGUUCGAAUCCCCGUGACGGGGUGAGCUCCUGUUGCUCGGUCCCUGCUCCUGACAACCUAGCAGUUCGAAAGCACAUUAAAGUGCAAGUAGAUAAAUAGGUACUCCUCCAGCGGGAAGGUAAACGGCGUUUCCAUGCGCUGCUCUGGUUCGCCAGAAGCGGCUUAGUCAUGCUGGCCACAUGACCCAGAAGCUGUACGCCGGCUCCCUCGGCCAAUAAAGUGAGAUGAGUGCCGCAACCCCAGAGUUGGUCACGACUGGACCUAAUGGUCAGGGGUCCCUUUACCUUUACAGUCAUACCUUGGGUUGCGUUAGGUUCAUGCUGUGUCUUUUCGGCUUGCGAAUGCGGCAUACCUGGAAGUGUAUACUUUCGGGUUUCGCCACGCGCGCACACACAGAAGUGUUCUGCGUGCUUCGCACAUGCGCAGAAGCGCUCUAUCGCACUCCACGCUUGCACAGAAGUGCCGCUCUGGUUGCAGACUUUCCGGGUUGCGAACGGCACCCCAGAACAGAUCGUGUCCACAACUAGAGGUACCACUGUAUAAAUCAUUUUCAGGUAGCUCUCCUUCAAAGAAUAACAUGCUGUGAACUUCAGAUCGCUCUUCCAAAGUUUUCCCCAGAGGUCCAAAUCUAUAUUAUGUCCUAUAUCUAUUGCCCAGUGUGUCAUAGAAACUUUAACAAGCACUUUCCUCUCUGACUUGGGUCAUUUUCAGCACUGGAACUGUGUUGGGAGAAAAGGAGCCCAAAGCUGCAGAGCAUGGGAAGCCAAGAUGCAGGUAGGUUCUCCCCCCAGUUCCUUUCACCUACACAUCCUUUUUGCUGUAAAAAAAGGGUUGUUGUUUAGUCAUGUCCGACUCUUCGUGACCCCAUGGACCAGAGCACGCCAGGCACUCCUGUCUUCCACUGCCUCCCGCAGUUUGGUCAAACUCAUGCUGGUAGCUUCGAGAACACUGUCCAACCAUCUCGUCCUCUGUCGUCCCCUUCUCCUUGUGCCCUCCAUCUUUCCCAACAUCAGGGUCUUUUCCAGGAAGUCUUCCCUUCUCAUGAGGUGGCCAAAAUAUUGUAGCCUCAGCUUCAGGAUCUGUCCUUCCAGUGAGCACUCAGGGCUGAUUUUCCUUCAGAAUGGAUAGGUUUGAUCUUCUUGCAGUCCAUGGGACUCUCAAGAGUCUCCUCCAGCACCAUAAUUCAAAAGCAUCAAUUCUUUGGCGAUCAGCCUUGUUCAUGGUCCAGCUCUCACUUCCAUACAUCACUACUGGGAAAACCAUAGCUUUAACUAUACUGUGUAGACAGUAUAUAUAUAGAUAUAACACUAUAUUGUGUAGACACACACAAACACACACUCUCUAUACAUCUAUAUCUAUACACUAUCUUGGUCAAAAAAAGGGGGGCUUGCUACCCGUAUUCCUAGCUGAUUUUUGUCCAUCUUACCAUUUGUUCUUUCUCUAACGAAGAUUGCCAGUGGCAAGAGAAUUCACAGAAAUCCCUUCUUAAUUGGAAACAGCAAGCUUGUGUAUUUUUCAGUUGUCUAUUUUUGAUUCUUGUAAAAUUAAAGUUAAAUAGCUGCAACACAGCAGUUUCCAAAUUCCCACAGCCCCGUCCAUUAAAGAGGAAAUAGAUCCCAGAUUAUUGAGGGGGUGGGGGGUGGGGUUUAAUUAUUAAUACACUAGAACUUAGCAUUAGAACAAAGCACCAGAGGCUUUAUGGGAUACAUCUGGCGACGGCUGUUGUCUGCCUGUACAACUAGGUUCUCACAAACCCUUUCCCCCAGACUGAUUUGUGGGGACUGUUUCUUACUGGGGAAAACGGGGUCUUUUGUGAACAGUUGGAACAAGAGAGGAGCAGUUUUGGUGAACGCUGGCAGGGAUCUGAAAUGCAAGGCAGUCGCACUCCUGAGGGUCCCUCUAUGCCAGGGGUCAGCAAACUUACCGCGCCUCAGGCCGGUGUCUCCAGCGCUGAUCGCGUGGCGGGCCGGAGGCCGGGGGAGCGCAUGCCCAUUCGCACGCACACACGCUAUUUCUGGUGCACUUCCACGUCAGAGGAGCACCAGAAAUAGCUUGUGCGCAUGUGCAUGGGCCUCCUCCGACCCGGAUGUGCACUGGAAAUAAUGCUUGCGCAUGCGCAAAUAACGCUUGCGCAUGUGCACAAGCUAUUUCCGGUGCUCCUCCGACCCAGAAGUGGGAAGCCGCGCAGCACCGGUAAGAGCAGGCGGCUGGGGUCGCCGUAGGCCGGAUAAACGAGUCCCUCGAGCCUUAUCCGGCCCGCGGGCCUUAGUUUGGGGACCCCUGCUCUAUGCCAAUUGUUUCGAGAUGGAAUUCCCACUCUUUGCCCUGUGAAAAGUGAUGGAAAGCAGGCAUGACAGGAGGUCGGGAAAUGGCUCUGCUGAAGUGUGGGAAAUUAGUGGCGGGUGUGGCGGGGGACCACUGAGUGUUCAAACCCCCAUUGAGGGGGACCCGGUGUCAUGUGACCUGUCCCACCAGAGGCGGAGCUAGCUGCUCUGGCACCCGGAUUGGCACAUAUGCUGUGCACUCAGGGGCGGGGCUAGCUGCCCAUGUGGGCGGAGCAAGCGUCUCACGUCAAGCGUGAGCAUCCCAUGGGGGCGCCACCUGCGGCAAGCAUCCCAGGGGGUGGUGCAGCGAUGUCACCCACCUCAGGGAUGACAUCCGGGGUGGACCACCUCCAUCACCCCCCCUUCCUCCACCAGUGUAUCCUGCCCCCACCUGGCAGACCAGCACUGGUCCGGUGGCGGCAGGUGCACAGAAUGGCUUCAGUAUCACCAAUUAAAUGCUGUUUUUAAGGUUGACAAAAAGAAGGGUUUUGAUACAAUGAGAUCGAGGUUUGAUAUAGAUCUGCUGGAAAAAUCACAUGAAAGUGUUAUCAAAGAUGUGCAAAAUUACUUUUAGAAUGGCAUACAAAAUAUGAAGAAGUUAAGACAUUGGGCUAGAGAUUUUGGGUAUAAUAUCCAACUUUCGUCUUGGGAAAAGUUAUGGAAAGAAGAAAUAAAAUUUACUGCAUGCUGUUUGUUGAAAGAAAAUUAUAUGAAAACGAUAUAUCGUUGGUAUCUACAUAACACCGAGCAAAAUUGCUAAAAUGUACAAAACAAACUAUAAAAUGUGUUGGAAAUGUAAAGAGAAAGAGGGCACUUUCUUAUCAAAUGUGGUGGACAUGCACAUUGGUAAAGGCUUUCUGGGAAAUGAUAUAUAAUGAGUUAAAGAAAAUAUUUUUAAAAUACAUUUGUCAAAAAACCAGAAGCCUUUUUACUAGGUAUAACAGGUGAAGACUUUCCAAGAGAAGAUAAAAAACUUUUUAUGUAUGCAACGACGGUAGUGAGAAUGCUACUAGCUCAGAGGUGGAAAGAGGGAGAAGUACCAACAAAAGAAGAAUGGCAGGUGAAACCGAUGGAGUAUGAGGAGAUGGAGAAACUGACGGGGAAGAUCCGAAGUAAAGACACUUGUAAUGUGAAAUUUUUUAAUGGUAAUUAUGGUUAUAUAAUAGAUAGAUAAGGGUAAAAGAUGCAGUAAAUGUAAUCUUAAAGAUAGAACCAUGGAGGGAAGGAAGGAGGUCUAAGGGUUCGAAAGAACUCUGUAUUUUAAUGUUUGAAAUGUUUUUUUUUUUAAUAUAUAUAAUUUUUCAAAAACUUAAUAAAAUAUUAUCAUAUAUAUAUAUAUAUAAACAAUUCACCCACAGGAAAAAAAGGAAGAAAGAUAGCACUUGUUUUCCAUUUUGGGGCUAACCAGGGCAAACUUUUCAGAUUCCAACGUGGGUGUAGUAAAAUGAGUUUGGUGUUUGGGAAAAGAUUCUUAGCAUGAUUUAGAGGUUCACUCUUGGAUGUACUCAACUUUACAUUGGGAAAAGGGCAAGUUUUUCUGCAUCACGGAAAGAGGAACGCCCUUUGCAAAAUGCAUGUACCUGUUGUCAUUAUUGCUGAUUUAUUCAUAUCCUGUUUUCCUUAGAAAUAUUCAAAGUGCGUUAAAGAAAGACACAACAUAAAAACAUGCUUUGUACUUCAGCUUGGAAUCUAGACCCUGUUAAGUGAUUGGCAGUCUCUCUGCCUUAUAAGAAUUUAUGCUCUAAUUGAUAACUGCACAUAUUUUCAGAGGCAGAGCCAAGCAACAAAUAAGCUUGCUCAAAUACUAAAUUAUUCUGUACAACCCACCUCCUCUUGCAGCAGAUGGGAUUACACUGCAGCCAAGAGAGCCUGCUCUUUAUUUCAUAGUGCAGCUAGAUUUUAUCAGUCCUUUAUCUCCCUCUCUCUCUCCAGAUUUGAUCCAGGCAGAAAGGCAAGCCACGUGGCAAUAAUUGUGCUAAGAAAACAAACUAACCUCUGAAGAGAGGAAGAGAAAAGGCAGCUGAGAGGCAAUUUACACUGCAGAAGCAAAUAUACAAAUAUAAAGGCAGAGUCAAAGCAGAUUAUGUCACAGCUGAGGCAUAAUCUUCAAUAUCUAGGUAGGCCAAAAACUUAUGCCCCCAGGGUUGGGUGCAUAAACACAAUUUGUGAUUCGAGGACUGGCUUGUGGAUUGUGCUGGUCCUGAGGGUAAACCGUGCGGUGAGGUCCAAGUCCAGUCCGAGGUCAAGGGUGUGGUAUGGAGGCUGUCCAUCAAAGCUGAAGCGGGGUCCAAGGCAGGGAGUCGGGCGAGGUCAGGAACUCUGGCAGAAGAGCAGGACAGGGUGCAGGCAGGAACAGGCUAGCAACAAUGUUGCUCCUGCAACCUGGGACUGGGGUUGGCUGGCUUUUAUCUGCCCCAAGGAAUAGGGUGGCCCCAGUCCACAGGUGACUCAUCUCUCCUGGCCUGGAGGCGAGCACUCCUUCUGUGGGAACUUAGUUCCCUCCACCUCUCUGCCCUGAGCCUCCGCAGCUCAGGGGAGGCUGGAGGGUUACCGGACCCAGAGGCAACCUCAGCUUCCCCUGAUGGGGCUGAGAGUGGAGCACCUGCAGGCAAUGGGUCCUCCAUCACCUCAGGGGCCAGAGCAGACUCAGCUGGUGCCUGCACCUGAGGAUCCAGCAUAGGUGAGGACCCUUCAGGCUCAAGCCCCAGCCCUGGCUCAGCUGGUUCUGGAGGCGGGGACUCCUGUGCAGGCUGGGAUUCCUCAGGUUCAGCCUCUGAGUCUGAAUCCCAGGCCAUCACAAGGAUAAGAAAGACACAUGGACGCAGUAUAUUAGGUUAAUGGGCUAAAAAAGGCCAUGAUUUUAUUGAUUACAGCAUGUGAGAGGUAUUGGUUUAGGCAUUGGAUAAAACAACAGAGCAUGACUCCACCCCUUCAGGAAGGGGAGAGUCUAACAAGGGUUAACCACCAGUAGGAGGAGCCUGUUGAUGCAAAUACAACUAAAAACUCCCCCUGAUGUCACCAGGGGUCGUGCCAUGGCCCUAGCCACCAGCAAGGGUGUUGGACAGGAUCCACGACCACCGGAUUCCUUUAACGGAAUAUCCAUAAAGUGGAGGGGUAGGCGAUGGCCACACCCUGCCCUCCAACACACAAACAUAUUCCAAUGCCUAAUCGCCAAUACCUAAAAAGUUGUGAUGAUUUGCUACGAGGUAGGCGAAAAAACCGGGAUGCGGGUGGCACUGUGGGUUAAACCACAGAGCCUAGGACUUGCCGAUCAGAAGGUUGGCAGUUCGAAUCCCCGUGAGCUCCUGUUGCUUGAUCCCUGCUCCUGCCAACCUAGCAGUUCGAAAGCACGUCAAAGUGCAAGCAGAUAAAUAGGUACCGCUCCGGCGGGAAGGUAAACGGCGUUUCCAUGUGCUGCUCUGGUUCGCCAGAAGCGGCUUAGUCAUGCUGGCCACAUGACCUGGAAGCUGCACACCGGCUCCCUCAGCCUAUAAAGCAAGAUGAGCGCCGCAACCCCAGAGUCGGUCACGACUCAACCUAAUGGUCAGGGGUCCUUUUACCUUUUACUUUUAGGUGAAAAACAAGUGGCUGGUGCCAAUUUGCCAGUUGGAUAAAAAUUCCUACCAGGCCCCUUGGACAAUGAAGGCGACCAACCACAGGUCCAUAGCAAGGUCAAGAAGAAAGCAAUGAACUGGGGGCCACUAGGGGGCUCAUUGGAAGAUGGCUGACAAUACCAUCUCUCUGACCCACACGGGGUAAUUAUGAGGCUGUUAUGGGAGUAGGCAGCCUCCCUUGUUGCCCCAAGGAAAUGGGUAACACUGCCCUUGCCUGCUGUGCCCAUAAAUCACCCCCUAAUUCGAAAGAAGGGGGUGAGGGCCCUAGGCAGAAUGCCCCUGUGUGGACAUCGGCUCUCCUGGAUGCUGUCUCUGAUCGUGCACUAGUUGCAGCAAUUUGGAAUAAUUAAUUACAAAAGAAGCAAAUGCACAUAUUUCAAGUGAAGAAGGGGAGUGAAGUCUGCUAAUUUAAGUGACCUCUGCGAAAGAAGACAACGGGCUGGAGAAACAGGAAUAUUUUACGAUGAAGAUACACCAAAGGCGGGGUAUGUUGACAACGGGGCUGAAUGGGGGGAACAACCUUUUUUACUUUCCUUCUAUGUGAUUUACAAGAACCCUUCCUCAUUAGAACCGUCGGUUGAACUGACCCAAGCAGGAUGAUUAAGGUCUGUGUGGAUAUAAACUUUAACCAAAAGUAUGCUUUAUGGAGACCGAGAAGCGAUAAGAGCUUUUGGGAAUGGCGCAGCAAUUAAUUCGGAGUCGCCAUCUUGCCAAAGGAUUUAUAGCUGGGAGGAAGAACGGAUUUGUUUUCAGACUGCAUUCCUAGUGAAUCUCCUCAGAGGUUUUGAGAAAGGAGGCAGAUUGGUGAAGAUUAAUGACGCUAAGACUGUUUUGAUGUAUGGAAGUGAUGUUAUAUGGAAAACGUCUGGAUAUGGCUACUGGAUAAAAAUAUUAAUAUCCACGCAGGAUUACAAACUGUUCUAACCAGCUUGUGGAGACUAUCAGAGGUCACAAAGAGAAAGGAAAAAUAUAUGAAAAUAACAACAAGAGAUGUGAAAAAAGAAUAAGAAAGGACUGGAUAGUACUGUGAACAUCAUAAGGUUAGAUUUGUGGACAUUAAAACAGCAGUAAGAAGCAAGAAGUUGAUUGGAUCCCUUUGGAACUUGAAAUAUGGGUACCCCCAACAAAAAUUUAAAAUUCGGCUGUGUAAUUUGGAAUUUAUGUAAUUUGGUUUGAUUUGAUGUGAUUGGUCGGUUAAUAAAAAAUUAUUCUUAAAAAAAGACGAAGAAAGCAAUGAACUAAAGGGAGGGUGGGUGGGUGAUCCGACGAAACCCAGCAACGCAAUGAGGGAAGCACUGCCACGUCCACAUUUGAGUGCACCCCCAACUGCACCCCCAAGCCUCCACCUGAUUGGCUGGCUGCCAGGGGGCGUGGCACGGCAGCCGGGUCAGCUGAGCAGGGGCUGGAAUGCCCCCUGCCAAUGCGGGAAACGGCUGCCGCUCACAACACCUCCCCUCUGGCAGGAGGAGAGGCUUAAGUGGACCCAAAUUCUGAAGUGAACCUAAAUUCUGUAACCUUGCUUAAAUUAGUGACCUCAUCAAAGUUCACAAUUCCUUUGUUGGGAAUGCAAAACCUCGAAUCAUAGAAAUCUAGAGUUGGAAGGCUCCUUGAGGGCCAUCUAACUUAACCCCUCGCAAGGUAAGAAUCUCAGCUGAAGCAUCCAACUGCAGAGCUAUUCUCUUGUGCUACUCAGCUGUAUUUCAAACGUAGUGUCAUUUCCCAGAGAGGGAAAUGUAGCUCAGAAUGCUGAAUAAGAUUGUGAACCUGCAUAGUGAGCAUUCAGCAGAACAAGCGCCUGAAGCCAUGUGCAAAAGUUGCUUAACGUUAAACUAUCGGCUCGGAGUCUGCUUCCGGAUAAGUGGGAUCCUAAUGCAAGCCAUUCACUGCUUUUCCACUCUAAGCAAUAAAGGGAAGAUAAGAGCAACUGAAUUUCCACCCCACUGGAAGUAUUUCACUUUUUCUAUAUAUGUGCCUCCAAGUAAGUUCUGUCUGUACUGGUUCUUUUUCUUCUUUGGCGAUCCCUCAUAGCCGAGUAAGAUUGUCUUCCAUGAACAUGAUUUUAACAGUGAGUCAGUGUGGUGUAGUGGUUAAGAGCGGUAGACUCGUAAUCUGGGGAACCGGGUUCGCGUCUCCGUUCCUCCACAUGCAGCUGCUGGGUGACCUUGGGCUAGUCACACUUCCCUGAAGUCUCUCAGCCCCACUCACCUCACAGAGUGUUUGUUGUGGGGGAGGAAGGGAAAGGAGAUUGUUAGCCGCUUUGAGACUCCUUCGGGUAGUGAUAAAGCGGGAUAUCAAAUCCAAACUCUUCUUCUUUUUCAGUAAGUGACUGUGGAGGCCAAUUCUGGAUCCACAUGUCCUUCUACAGUGGGGACAUAAGUUUCUGGGCAGGAGCUGAUCACGGUGAGGGUUUGCCAAGUGUGCCUUAGCACGUUACUCCUUUGCGUCCUGAGUUCGAGUGUCUUCAAAGCCUAUGAUACCUUUGGUAAAGGCUGUUCUCCAGUUGGAGCGCUCACAGGCCAGUGUUUCCCAGUUGUUGGUGUUUAUACUUUUUUUUCCUUGAGAGAGUCUUCAAACCUCUUUUGUUGACCACCAGCAUUAUGCUUUCCAUUUUUAAGUUUGGAAUAGAGUAGUUGCUUUGGAACAUGAUAAUCAGGCAUCCGACCAACGUGACCAGUCCAACAAAAUUGAUGUUGAAGAAUCAUCGUUUCAUCACUGGUGACCUUUGUUUCUCCCAGUACACUGGCAUGAGUUCGCCUGUCUUCCCAAGUGAUGUGUAAAAAUUUUUGGAGACACCAUUGAUGGCAUCUUUCGAGGAGUUGGAGAUGGCGUUUAUAAGUGGUCCACAUUUCACAACCAUACAGUAAGGUUGGUAGUACAACAGCUUUGUAAACAAGCAUUUUGGUUUCCCUGUGAAUGUGCCGGUCCACAAACACUCUGCACUUCAAUCGGGAGACAGCUGCACUUGCAGAGCUAAGGUGAUGUUGGAUUUUGGCAUCAGUGUUGAAAAAUAACUGCCCAGGAAGGGGAAGUGAUCAACAUUUUCCAGCGUUACACCAUUGAAUUGGAUUUGUGGCACUGCAGAGGGUUUGUUUUGUGCUUGUUGGUGUAGCACUUUGGUUUUUUGGAAGUUGAGUGAUAGGCCAAGCUUUCCAUAAGCUUCUGCAAAGAUAUUUAGGAUGGUUUGGAGGUCAUCCUCUGAGCGUGCACACACUAAGUUGUCACCAGCAUACUGAAGCUCUAAGACGGAAGUUACGGUAACCUUACUCUUUGCUUUCAGCUUGCUCAGAUUAAAGAGCUUUCCAUCUGUUUGAUAUAUGAUAUCUGCUCCGGAGGGGUGUUUCCCUUUGACAAAGUGUAGGAUCAUGGCGAUGAAAAUAAUGAAUAGAGUUGGGGCGAUAAUGCAACCCUGUUUAACACCUGAUCCCACUGUGAGAGCCAUUGUUACUUGCGAUUGUUGCUGUCACAUUAUCAUGGAGGAGCCGAAUGAUGUUCACAAAUUUAUCUGGGCAGCCAAUUUUCUGGACAGUCCACAGGGCAUUACUUACCUACAGACACACAGGACUCAGCUACAUUAGUAAAAAAAAAGAGUGAUUUGAAUGUGUUAUAAACAUGCAACACCAGAUGGCGCCAGAAAGAUCAAAACCUUUCUAUUGAGUUUUUACAUAGGGUUUUUUUUCUUUUGUUAUAACAAUUUUAUUUCUGACUUAUUUAUAACGGCUUUUUCCUGUGCGUAGAUCCACCCACACAUAUAAUUUUAUUGUAAUGAAGGGUUUGUAUUUUCCCCCUUUUAAUAUAUGCAUAUACAUAGACAAGAGAUACAUAUAAAAGAUUACAUACUGAUUGUUGCAAUAAAAACAUCACAGCACCAGCCCUAAUAGAGAAGAAAGUUCCAAGGGGUUGAUUGUGGCAAGCUGCUGAUUCCAUAGGUUCACCCUCUCUUUACUUAAAAACAACCAUAAAACAGGAAGAAUUAAAUUCAGGGCUGUCUUUAGCAUAUGCGCCGCCAGGGUAUAAAUAUCUGCCCAGCACCAACAAAUUUAGUUUAGCCGCCCACAAUUUUUUUUUGGGGGGGGCGAACUAAAGGUUGUUGAGCUUUUUGGGGGGAGGAGAAUCGCUCACCUGUAACAAAGACGCAGCGAAAAUAACUGCUUUUGUUUACUGACUCGUCAGGAAUAUUUGACGCAACGGAGGAACAGAGCGAUGGAGGAGGGGGGCGGGGACUUUCGCUCCAUUACUUUUCACUGCCGUCGAUUGAGAGGGACUAGUAUACAGUAGGUGCCCCCCAGAAUACAUUUGGUGCUCCCUAGAAUUCAGCGCCUGGGUGCCCCACACCCCUUGCACCCCUGGCUAAAGACGGCCCUGAUUAAAUUACAAGGUAGUAAAAUAAUCAUAAUCACAAUAAUAGAAAGGUUAAGAAGAACAAAUGGCGUAAAAUAUACUGUAUUCCAUAGUGCAAUACAAUGUGCAUAUUUUUACCAAAUCUUCAUGAACAUUGCCAAAUUUACUCGUACUUAGUGGGAAUGUGCCAGUCAUGAGAUUGUUCAGUCAUAUUAGUGGGGUGGGAGAGCUGAAAAAAAAUUCACAUCUGCCAACCAAUGUGCAAUUUUGGUUUCAGAUAGCACAUGGGUAGACAUGUCUAAAAAGCCCAGGAGACAAAUUUUCACGGCCUUCUAUCGGCUAUGGUGGCUCAUUUGCCAGAAGUAAUGUAUUUUGCAUUAACUUUCCAAGUGUAUACUCAAUUCUGACAAAAUUGAGACUCCUAGAGCAAAAUAUACAUCAGGAUUACCCUACCCCCUGUGGGAAUGUUCAGGGAGGCAGGAAAGGAUAUAUUGUUUAUUAAUAUCCUUCCUAACUUGCGCUAGGAAGUUCUAUGACUUAGCAGAGUUUUACAUUCCCCUUUUAAACACACAGCUGAAAGCUGGUUGUAGGCUUGUUUAAGCCUCUUACUAUUAGAUUCCUGGUAAGUCCCCUUAUAUCCCUCUUAAAAGAAUGAACACGCCACAAUCUUGCUUAAAGUAUAUAAAAGAAGUUUACUCACAUCAUCAGUUCACAGUUGGAUCCCUGAAGGCAGACUUAGUUACAAAGUAUAUACAUAUGGGUCUAUCCCAUAUGGAGAUAAUCCCUUUGUCCUCUUUUGGCUGGAAGCAUCUCUAGCUAAAAAGCUGCUGGUCGCAACGAUGGAUGAAGUCAAAGAGAGAGGGAGGAGGGCUGCGUGCCUUGUGCUUUUGUUACCUGCACAGGUAAGGUCACACCCACCUUUAGUCACAUGCAAAAGGAAGAAUGUCCCAGCCAUAGCUGUCAACUUUUCCCUUUUCUUGCAAGGAAUCCUAUUCGGAAUAAGUGAAUGUCCCUAUAAAAAAAAGGGAAAAGUUGACAGCUAUGGUCCCAGCCCAGGAGGAAACAGGAAGUUCCGACUGGCUGGACCAAGCAUCCCCUUGCAUGUCCACUCUAGGAAAACAAGGAAUGUUGUACUUGACUGCUAUCUAUGUACUUGACUGCUAUCCACCCCUCACCCCAAAUCGAAGAACCAUAGAAUCAUAUGACUUGUAGAGUUUUGCUGGAUGGCAGGUGUGCAAGGAUGCACGUUCUUUAUUUUAAAAAGAAAAGAAAGAUGAAUAUACCUUUUGCAGCAAAGUGUUGUGCUUGGUAAUGUCAAGAGGAGUUUGGACAGACAGUUAGGAAGGGAAGAGCGCUGUUAAUUGUGCUCUCUCUAUUUUUUGUGCCUGAAUGACAUACUGUACACAGAUUAUAUGCACCCAUUCAGUUUUUAAGGUAUGAACUCCGAUUCCAAAUUUGCUGGAUUCGAUCCAAAUCAAAUAUUAUCACUGUUGCCUGAUUACACAAAGUUCCUUUCCUCCUUUUCAAGAAGUGAAUUGUGCCAGUGAACUACGCCAGGAAGCAUUACUAUUCUGCCUGGUGUUUAUCUUAUUCCAGAACAUCUUCAAAACUCCCUUUGAAACAGAUAUUAUGAAAUGCUCUUUAAAAGCAUGCGUGUAGCUUGCUUGCAAAGAAUUGAUUGCAGCAUUCCCUGUAGUUAAUUAACAGCUCGGCUCAAUGAUGACAAGCUCUUGAUUAUGUCGCGUGUUGCAACGGGCAUGCUUCGUGCUGAUAUAAUGAAUGUUGUAAAACAGUUUCCAUUAUAACCGCCAUUUUCACAAGCCCAUAACUUUUUGAAACAUUUGCUUUGCAUGCUUGGCCCCUGCCCAAUGUUCAUCGGGGGAGGGGGGAGUUUGACCCCUUUCGCCCCCUUUUGAGUUAUGAGAAAGUAAAAGGGACAAAAAGAAACACUUUUACAUAAUGAUAUCAUAAAACCUCAAGUACUCUGAGUGUAACAGGAACAUUUCCUGCCUCUUGCAGCUUGGAACAUGACACAGCUGCAGUCUUUUUGGGAAAGGGUUCGUAGUUCGACUCCAUUAUUCUGAGGCAGGGAUGGGCAAUCUGUUUCUGUUGAGGGACAACCUCUUUCUCUUGGAAGUCAUCGCUUGAGGGCCACAUAGGGCAGGAAUCCAAAGUGAUUUGGAUCCUUCCCUUCCCUUCCACAUUGUAGUCCUUUGGAACCAUGAGCUGGUCUGGAUUCAAUGCAAGAGUCAGUACAGUUUAAAGGGUAAAGGGACCCAGUUGUCGCCGACUCUGGGGUUGCGGUGCUCAUCUCGCUUUAUUGGCCAAGGGAGCCGGCGUAUAGCUUCCAGGUCAUGUGCACAGCAUGACCAAGCCGCUUCUGGCGAACCAGAGCAGCGCACAGAAAGUCAUUUAUCUUUCCACUGGAGUGGUUCCUAUUUAUCUACUUGCACUUUGACGUGCUUUUGAACUGCUAGGUUGGCAGGAGCAGGGACCGAACAACGGGAGCUCACCCCGUUGUGGGGAUUCAAACCACCGACCUUCUGACCAGCUAGUCCUAGGCUCUGUGGUUUAACCCACAGUGCCAGCCACGUCCCUUCAGUACAGUUUAGGUAGCCCUUAUAGGACACAGGUAACAGGCAGAGGCAGAUUUGGAGGAAUGAAACUGCUCUGGUCCCAAAAAUUAUAUGAAAAUGAUCUACAGAUGGUAUAUAACAUCAGUACAGAUAGCAAAAAUGUAUAAAACCGGCUCUAACAUUUGUUGGAAAUGUAAAGAAAAAGAAGGGACUUUUUAUCAUAUGUUGUGGGAAUGUAAAGAAAUUAAAAAAAUUUGGGAAAUGAUAUAUAAUGAAUUGAAGAAAAUGUUUAAAAUGACAUUUGUAAAAAAAACCCAGAAGCAUUUUUCCUAGGGAUUGUAGGACAAGACCUGCCAAGGAAAAUAAGGAACUUAUUUAUGUAUGCUACAACAGCGGCAAGAGUCUUGAUAGCAUGAGGAUGGAAGAAUGAGGAAACCCCGACAAAAGAACAGUGGCAAGAGAAAUUGAUGAACUACGCAGAACUGGCUAAAUUGACAUACAAACUGCGAGACAAAGACAACUGUGAUUUCAAGGAAGAAUGGGAGCUUUAUACAAAUGAUUUAAAAACACAACAAAAUGAACUGGACUCCUUGGCAGGUUUUGAAUAAACAUACACAAAUUUAUUGCUGAUAACAUGAUGGACAGAUAUGUAAGGAUAUAUACAAUUUUAUAAUAUGCAGAGAAAAUAUGUGCAGCAAAAUCAGGGAGAGGAGCUGAGGGAAAUCCUUGGUGUGGAGGAGGGGGAAAUAAAAAAAGGGGGGAAAUUAUGUAGGUGAUUAUAUGGUUUGAUAUUUGUUAUGUGGAAAUUGAGCAAAAAUAUAUAUAUUUUUUAAAAAAGAAACUGCUCUGGUCCCAUGGAUGCCGAACCUCGGGGGCACCUCAGGGGAUGUUAGAUUUAGAAUGGAGCAUGAUAAACAGGGGGCCACAGAUUUUUCGCGUUCCACAGGGGCCGCUGAAAUUUAAGACCCUCAGGUAUCGGCGUAGCCAGGAUUUCUGUUGGGGGGGGUCAAGCCUUUGGUUAGGGGGACCAAAACCUCAGUUAGCUAUGUGUUUUUAUUAGUUUUUAUUGAUUGGGGGGCAGCUGCCCCUCCCUGCCCCCCCCCAGCUAUGCCCAUGUCCCCAGGUCUGCCACUGUACAGGGGAAGUGUGCAAGCACUUUUCUGCCCAAUCAUUUUGUGAAAAACAAGCCCGCUGCCACCUUUCAGUGUUGUUAGCUAGUGAAUGAAGUCACAAGCAUGACUGACAUUUGGUGGAGUAGCAUAAGCCAUAGAAACAAAAACGGGAGAGGCACUCACAUUGUGUGGAGAAAGGACUUGUUGGUUCACUUUGAAUCUUCUUCUUUUAGUCUUCCCUGGUGGAAAAGUGGUUGCUGCCUACAGAAAACAAUUUAGAAAUCCCAGAGCUUGCUUUCUUUAUUAUUUUUUUUAAUUUUUUUAUAUGCUUUAUUAUGCUUAAACACCAACAAAAAACCCCAUACAUUUAUGGUAAGUCAUUUGUUACAAAAAUAUAUGAAGUUAAAAAAACAACAACUCAUAUGUUCUGACAAUAAAUCUAACUUCCCGCCACCUCCAUACGUCAUUUAAUAUUUACUAACUUACUGCAAAAACCUAUCCAUUCAUUUUAUAAUGAAGUAUUAUUUCUCCUGUGUCCUUGUUUCCUACUUAGUACAGCUACAGAAGUUAUUCGAAGGCAGCGACCGAGAUCAUGCUACAACAAAUGUUCUUAAGACAUGUUUUGAAAACUUCCCAUUUUGCAGUAAAUACUUGUUUUGAAUUAUCUUCCAAUUUUAUUCUGUUAAUCUGGCUAGCUCUGCCCAUUCAACUAAUUUUUGUAACCAUUCUGACCUGGAAGGGAUUUUAUCACAUUCGGAGUUUUCAUGUACAGUUUUGUCCUAUGAGAGCUCCCUUGCAAUGCCAUUUUCUAUACACAAUAAGCAUACAGAAUUUAAGCGCUCUUCAGCGGAACAGCCAACUUACUGUGACAAUCUAUCUUUACAGCAUCUGUACAACUGACUCUCAAACUUUGGGAAUGUUGAAAUAUAGACAACAACAAAAAUCAGUUUGAGCCAUGUGACUCAAAUUGGGUCUACUAGACCCAAUUUUGAUAACUAAUGAGGACUAAAAUCACUUCUGGGCUAUCCAGGUUUAGGGGCCGUGAAGCUUAAGCUUCAUUAGUUUCACAGUAUUAUUAUUAUUAUUUCUUUAUUGAAUUUAUAUACUGCCCUAUACCCAGAGGUCUCAAGGCAGUUCACAGAACAAGAUCAACAUAAAAACCACAAUAUAUAUAAUCAAAAUAAAAACAACAACCCAGAAACACCCCCCCCAAAAAACCCCACAUUUUAAAAGGGUAUAGGAUGUCAAUCAGAUCAACCAAAAACCUGGUUUAAAAGGAAUGUUUUUGCUUGGUGCCUAAAGGUGUAUAAUGAAGGCGCCAGGCGAACUUCCCUGGGGAGAGCAUUCCCCAGAUGGGGAGCCACUGCAGAGAAGGCCCCGUUCUUGUGUUGCCACCCUCUGGACCUCUUGAGGAGGAGGCACACGAAGGAGGGCCUCAGAAGAUGAUCUCAGGGUCCGGGUAGGUUCAUAUGGAAAGAGGCGGUCCUUGAGGUAUUGUAGACAUAUCCCAGAAUGAGACAGACCUUUGGUCUGACCCAGCAGACCUCCUCUUAGGUUGAGCUGGUUUGGGAAGAAGAAGAAGAAGAAGAGGAGGAGGAGGAGGAGGAGGAGGAGGAGCUCACCCCGUGGUGUGGAUUCAAACUGCCAAGAAGAAGAAGAAGAGUUUGGAUCUGAUAUCCCGCUUUAUCUCUACCUGAAGGAGUCUCAAAGCGGCUAACAUUCUCCUUUCCCUUCCUCCCCCACAACAAACACUCUGUGAGAUGAGUGGGGCUGAGAGACUUCAGAGAAGUAUGACUAGCCCAAGGUCACCCAGCAGCUGCAUGUGGAGGAGUGGAGACGCGAACCCGGUUCCCCAGAUUACGAGUCUACCGCUCUUAACCACUACACCACACUGGCACACAGGAGUAUCCCUCCUACCUUUUGUGUUGCUUUCGCAGGUUCCUUGAGCAGCAGAAGCCUUGGGGAGUGCACAAAAACACUCACCAGUGCAAAGUCUGGUGCGGAUGGUGGAAUCCGCCCCACCAUUUGGCGGAUUGGAAUGGAACCGACUGA